AUGCGUGAACUGAUUACAUUCGCCGUUGGUCAAGCGGGAAACCAAAUUUCUACCGCAUUUUGGGAUACUAUUCGCAAAGAGCAUGGUCUGAAUCAAGACGGUGUGUAUGAGGGCGACGAUCCGCUGCAGUUGUGCAGGAUCGGCGUGUUUUUUGAGGAGAGUGACCAUGCAAAAAAGUACGUCCCGCGCUCGAUCAAUGUCGACUUGGAGCCCGGCACGAUCGAUCAUCUCAAAUCCGGCCCGCUGGGCAAAAUGUUCCGCCCUGACAACUACGUAUUUGGCGAGUCCGGUGCGGGCAACAACUUUUCGCGAGGAUACUACACCGAGGGUGCUGAGCUCUUGGACCCGGUGCUUGAAGUGGCUCGGAAAGAGACGGAGCGUGCAGACAUGUUCCAGGGCUUCCAACUUGUACACUCUCUGGGCGGUGGCACGGGCUCAGGUCUCGGCACCAACUUGCUGAGCAAACUGCGUGAAGAGUACCCCGACCGCAUGCUGGCGACAUGGUCUGUGCUGCCUUCUCCUAAAGUCUCGGAUACUGUGGUCGAGCCAUACAAUGCAACAUUGUCUUUCCACCAGCUAGUGGAGAAUGCGGACUUGAGUUUCUGUAUGGACAACGAGGCGCUGUAUGAUAUCUGUAACCGCACGCUGCGUACCAAGUCGCCGAAAUACGAGGAUUUGAAUACGCUUAUUUCGUACGCCAUGUCCGGCUCCUCGACCACGCUGCGCUUCCCUGGCCAGCUCAACUCGGAUCUGCGCAAGCUCGGUGUAAACAUGGUGCCAUUUCCCCGCCUGCACUUCUUUACGUGUGGAUAUGCGCCGCUUGUUGCAUCCAACUCGCAGGCAUACCAGACGCUCAAUGUUGCCGAGGUUGUCCAGCAAGGCUUUUCUUCCCACAACAACAUGGCCGCCAUCGACCCCCGCUCUGGAAAAUACCUGACUGUCGCCGCUAUUUUCCGCGGCAAGAUUAGCAGCAAGCAGGUCGAGUCCGAGAUGCACUCCGUGCAGACCAAAUCCGCGAGCGGAUUCGUGGAAUGGAUUCCUCAGAACGUCUUGACGUCGCUGUGCGACGUCCCUCCGCCGAACAUCAAACUCAGUGCGACGUUCAUCGGGAACAACACUGCUAUCCAAGAGCUUUUUAAGCGCACUCACGGCCAGUUCAGUGCCAUGUUUAGGCGCAAGGCUUUCUUGCAUUGGUACACGGGCGAGGGUAUGGACGAGAUGGAGUUCACAGAGGCCGAGUCGAACCUGCUUGAUCUCAUUGCGGAAUACGAGCAGUACGAGGCGGCUACGAUUGAUGACGACGAGGUGCUGGAAGAAGACUAUCUGGAUGAACAAUACGAAGAAGAAGUUGCCUACGAAGGGGGAGAGUACUAA